GACAGGUCUGUCCACGUUGACAAAGAGACUGCAGCAAUUGCUUCUACGCUGUACCUCUGCUGAGCUGUCUUUUGCCUCAUUACAAGUCCACUAUUGCUCCUAUUUAAACUAAAGGCAACUCAUUUAUUGCAGUGUGUGAUUCUAGAAGCCUAAAAGAAACCAAUUCUCUCUUUCCUUGAGUCCGGUGAGUGACUGCGAUGGCAGAUACGCCCUUUGCGAGUCACCAUCCUUACUACAAUAUUAACAGUAGAGAAGUACCAGUCCCUGGAACUGAUAUCAUUUCGUCCCUGGAUCUUUUUGAAGAGCCAUACAUGUUUGGUGGUGAGCAGGACUUUCACUGCAAAACUCGAGGUGACCCACUCAUGGGCGUCCCGGGGGAAAGAAAAGGAAUUUUGCCCCCGACGGGUGGUCACGGGGGAGGUAGUCUCUAUCCAUCAACAGCAGGAUUGUACGAGUCUUCUUCUUCUCACGGCGCCCAUCACCAUAUAGACAGGUUGGAGCCCAGCAGUAGCAGCACGGGAGGACCCCCUUUCCCCGGUAGUAACAACUUCUGGUUGACUCCACAGAGCUCAAUGGCUUUUCAGGCUGUGAGCGUAGCAAGCAGUCAACUCCCGCCGGUAGGGGCAGAGUACCAGAUCCAGACAGGAAUGGAGUCCAUUGCUUCUCCAUACAGCCCCGAGAGUGAGGGCUCCUAUGACGACCCAAACGACACUUUUCAGCUCCGCCUACCCCCUGGCUUUGAGAAAGAACCUAUACAAAAACUAACGGAGGAGCAGUUGGUCAGUUUAAGUGCUAGAGAUCUUAACACGAUAUGCAGGGAUUUACCUGAAGAUGUCGUAAAGCAGCUCAAGAAAAGGCGACGGACACUGAAGAACCGUGGGUAUGCGUACAAUUCGAGAGUUCGGAGGGUUUCACAAAAGAACCAACUGGAGAAAGAGAGGGACGAGCUCCAGAAGCAGAUAGCUCAGCUCCAGGACAAAGUCAAGAGCCUAGAACAUGAAAAGGAGGGAUGGAAGAGAAAGGCUCAGAUGUACGAAAGGGGAGGGAACGCGUAAUCCCUCCCUCUCUCUCUUCACGAUUAAGUAUGUCUUUGUGUCUCUCUAUGUCCUUUGAUGCUUAAACUCACCCAUUAUGAUAACCCUUUUCUCCUUUGAACGUUUAUGCCUCUUUCUACCGUCUUUCCCUCUGUCUUCCCUGUCUCAUGCACGUAACAAGUAUUGUAAUAAUUAUUUAUUCCUACAAAUAGCAUGACGCCUAUAAUAGUGAUAGGAGACAAUUCCACCAAAUAUUACAUUGUUAUAGAAAAUUAUUAUUAUUAUUAUUAUUAUUAUUAUUAUUAUUAUUAUUAUUAUUAUUUAAGUAUUUGUAGUAGUGGCUAUUUUGUAUUUGCUAAAGUUAUUUGCUUUCGUCUUAUGUGACCCUCUCUCUGCCUUAAAAAAUGUUGUAUUUUUAUAUUCCCUGGCUGUCUAUGGCAGCCGUGUAUCAGGUAUCACUUUGCACAAUCUAUUUUGAAUUUAUUUGUCCACUGAGUCAUUUUUAUUCGUCAUUGUUAUUUGUGUCAACGUUUCUUUUUGUUCUUAUUAUUGUUGUUGUUGUUAUUAUUAUUAUUAUUGUUGUAUAAUAACUAUUAUUAGUUUUGAAACUAAA